CGCCUACUUUUUCGGGUUUAGUAGCUACAACUUACAAGAUUUAAGCCAACUACUCUCGGUUACAACUUUGAAACAAAUACUGGCGAAAACAUUAUUCGUUCCUCUGUCAAAAUAAUCUAACUUUAUAUCAGCUAAAGAUUCAACAGAAGAUCUCAGAUUGACUGAGUUGGAAAUAUAUACUGGUGUGAUACCUCUUAUAAAAUAGUCGAUCUUUUCCGUGACGCAAAGUUUCCGCGAAACUCAAUCUGGAAAGCUAAUGUGCACACGAAAAUGAGCAAAAAAGACAACGGAGCGUCUAUCAUCCUCGCCUAUCUAAAUGAAAAGAACCGUCCCUACAGUGCUCAGGAUGUCUUCUGUAAUUUGCAGAAGCAGCAUGGGUUGGGCAAAACUGCAGUGGUCAAAGCCAUGGAACUGCUGGCUGAAGAAGGCAAGAUAAAGGAGAAAAUGUAUGGCAAGCAAAAGAUUUACUUUGCCGAUCAGUCUCAGUUCAGAGAUGUGAAUGAUGCAGACCUGAAGGCCAUGGAUAAACAGAUUUCAGAGCUCAGUGCAGAGGUGCAGACCCUAACACAGAGCUGCAGGCAGCUAGAUACAGAAUUGAAAGAGCUAAACAGCUCCCUCACAACAGAGGAAAUGAUGGCAGAAAUCCAGGAGCUGAAAGCCGAAUGUUCUGGUUACAGAGAACGUCUGGAGAAGAUAAAGUCGGCUACAAAUCACGUAACACCAGAAGAAAAAGAGAAGGUCUAUAAAGAGCGUGAUGUUUAUGUAAAAGAGUGGAAAAAGAGGAAGAGAUUGGCUUCGGACAUGAUGAAUUCCAUCCUGGAGGGAUACCCAAAGAGCAAAAAAGAGUUCCUGGAAGAGGUGGGAGUGGAGACGGACGAGGACUGUCAGGUGGUGCUUCCUACCACCUGAAGAAAACCGCUGCACAGCUACCGCAUCAGAUCAAGCCUGGGUGGACCGAAGCUAAGGAAACUGAUCACAGUGAUCUAAUUCCAAGAGGAAACUUUAUUUAUAACACGUUCUUUGAAUAAAUACGAGUUCAGCAGAUUCUGAAAUGGAAAACAUAGCUGAAAGCACUUAUGUACAUCAGUGUUAGCAAAACAAAAUCACAAAUGUUGAGGCGUUAUAGAGGGAUGCUCAUCACCUCAGAGGCAACAGCGGUUCGUUUUCCAAUUUUAUAACCACAAAAAUAUACCUGAGUUCACAGUAAUGUCAACAAAUUAAUGUUAAGGUUGAGUUGUGAACAGUUUGUUUACCAACUGAAUUAGUUAUUUUUGUUUAAGAUGGCGAUGUAUCAAACUAAUGCUUGACCACAUCACAUUUUUAAGAGUACAAGUAUAUAAGUUUAUUGUAAUUAAAGUGUUUAAUGUUGACUGAGUUUUUCUCCUGAAAAUGAAAAUAAAAUCAACACAUCAACUGCAUGUUUAGACACACACGUCGUCAUAUACAAGCCUUAUAAAACCUCCAAUUCCGUGUUUACAAAAAUAAGAUCAGACUUUGAAUGGAUCGACUUAUAUAUGAUCUUUAGUAGCGUAAGCUCAAUGAGAGCAUUGAGAUCAUUGCAAGUGGAUUUAUGGCACUUGCAUUAGACUUCAGCGGUAUCUAAAAGUUACUAGUGAUUUACCUUUGAAAUUGAGUUCCUGAAAGUAACACAAAAAAAUUGUUUAAAUUCAAUGAUUGAAAUUUAUCUAAGUAAUUUUUUUUCAUCGAGUACAGAAGUGUUUUGACAGAUGAAUAAUUUUAAGGGUAUAAUAUUUAUGACAGCAGUGAUAAAUGAAAAAAACAAAAAACUGUAGUGGUAAU